CCAAAUGUUUUUGUUUUUUGCACCGAUGAAAUGGGUCUGAUGAGCUAACACGGACAGCUACGACGGUGCACGCUUCGCAGCUUUUUCUGAGUUGCUGCUUGGCUUUAAAACUUUACUGUGACUAAUCACAGUGACCUUGUACUAGCCUACAAGAAGACAAAGCCAUGGGGAACACAAGCAGUGAGAGGGCUGCCAUGGGCCAGGGGGAGAAGGGGCAGCGGAGGGACAGCCGAGGUACCAAGGAGGGAGACAGGCCGAAAAUCCUGAUGGACAGCCCAGAGGACGCAGAUAUUUUUCAUGGUGAAGACCUGAAGGCUCCUUUAGAGAAAGAGGAGUUCCUUGCAUGGCAGCAAGACUUAGAAGCAGACGACAAAGGGCCAACUUUAGACCGACCAACAGUCUUUCGCUGGACUGGAGAUGGCAAGGAGGUCUACCUCUCUGGAUCCUUCAACAACUGGGCCAACAAGAUUCCCCUUAUUAGAAGUCAGAACACCUUUGUGGCCAUUGUCGAUCUACCCGAAGGGGAGCAUCAGUACAAAUUUUACGUGGAUGGCCAAUGGACCCACGACCCAGCUGAGCCAGUUAUAACCAGUCAGCUUGGGACAGUCAACAAUAUCAUCCAGGUGAAGAAAACGGACUUUGAGGUGUUUGAUGCCCUAAUGGUAGACUCGCAGAAAUGCUCCGACAUGUCAGACCUCUCCAGCUCUCCUCCCGGGCCGUAUCAUCAGGAUGUCUAUGUUCCUAAACAGGAAGAGAAGUUUAAGUCUCCACCCAUACUCCCACCUCACCUACUACAGGUCAUCCUCAACAAAGACACUGGAAUUUCUUGUGACCCUGCAUUACUCCCGGAACCCAACCAUGUCAUGCUCAACCACCUCUACGCUCUUUCCAUUAAGGAUGGAGUGAUGGUGCUCAGUGCGACACAUCGCUACAAGAAGAAGUAUGUCACCACCUUACUAUAUAAGCCCAUCUGAGCGAAGACUUGACUUUUUAAUCCUGUCUGAGUGUGUUAACUGGACACUGGGGGCACAACAUAUCUUUUCCAUAACAGAGUUUCACCUGUUAUUCCAUUUCAAGUGGUACAAAGGUCCUUUAAACAUUACUUUAUCCAUCCUGAACCUUUAACACACAGGGCCCAAGUCAAUGCGUGGCCACUUGUAUUCUUUACCCAAACUUGAGAAAAACCAGCAGUCACCUGAGUGAGAAUCUUAGAUUAACCUAAGGCUAAUAAGAGGCUAACAGCUCUGAGAUUAUAUCUUGUACGCUCACUGUUUAUCCAGUUAGUGUACACUUCUGUUUAGGAUGAUAAAUGUCACUCAGUCACUCCAAUCCUACAUAAUCUGCCUUUAUUUGUUCACCGAUUGCCCUCUAGUAGUUUUCAACAACACUAGCUUUGCUUAGUAGACAUAGAGAGGCAAUAAUAAUGAGGUAGGACACUAUGACAUGUGUGAUCAAAACAGAGGAUUGGUAAUUGUGGGAAAAUCUGACUGAAAGUCCUCAGAUAUGUGAGGUUGCUGUAGGGUUUCCCAUUAAGAAGACAACAGCGGUACAAUCAAGAAUGUGAAUGUUAAGGUCAAAGAAGGAAAAAAAUAAAAUGCACUGCAGUAGUUUCCACUGA